UGACCUCUUGUCUGUGUUUAAUUCAAUAGUAGUAGUUUUGAGCAUUUUGAGGUAUCGUACAGUCAAUAUCUUGUUUCGAUGAUCAGGCUGUUUUGAUAUCACACAUUUAUUACCGCCAUUAAACUUUCAAAUACAUUCGGGAACGCUGUACCUACUUCGUCAAAAGAAGACGCGUUUCAAGACUAUACACUAACCUACUAAAAACUAAAUGUUAUGUGAUGUGUGAUUCGAUUUUCCCCCAUAGUUGCAAGUUUUAUUUCAAUGCAGAGCAGUCUCGCGUUAAGUGGAAGGAGUCCAUAAAAAGUAUCUUAGUUGUUCAUAAAUUUUGUGAUCUCAAUGUUAUUGAAAGUUUGAAAUCGUUUGUCCACUACAUGCUAAAGAAAUGGGAUCUGACUAUCUAUUUGGAGUCGAUUACGUUAGAUGAACUGAAGAGUGAUGAUUUAUUCUACCCAGUUAUCCAACAGUACGUAAAUUUGGGUAACGAUGAAUUCAAGCAAGUCACUACUGAACAUAAUGUUUCCAGACUUUGUGAAAAUGCAGCAGAAAGUUCCUCUAAAAUUAAUGAAAAAAGCUCGAUCAGGAUCUUUGAUCAUACUGUGCGAAAUAAAAUUGAUUUAAUUGUUUGUCUUGGUGGUGAUGGGACUCUUUUACAAAUUGGAUCGAUGUUCCAGGGGAUCACUCCUCCCGUAAUUGCUUUUCGUCUGGGCACACUUGGAUUUUUGACUCCGUUUCCUUUCAAAAUGUUUAGAACCCAAAUGAAGAGUGUUCUUGAAGGUUCAUCUUAUUGUGUAUUACGAACUCGGCUUUGUUGUCAAGUUAUUCGCAGUAAUGUUAUGAAUCAUAUUAGCAAUAAUAAUCCUGACAUACAGAAUACCUCAACUGCCAGCAAUUGUAGUAGUGAGAAUCAAUCUCAGGCAUCUAACUGUUGUAACGAUAUUAGUUCACGCUCCAGUUCACCAGACACUGAAUAUCAUUUCCUAAAUGACCUAGUUAUUGAUCGUGGCCUUUCUCCAUUUAUCUGUGAUCUCCUCAUUAAGGUGAAUGGUAGAGAAGUAACUACUGUAGAAGGCGAUGCAACUUCUGUCUAACUUCAUUUUUGUUUCACUGACCAUGUAAAUAACAGGGGAAAAAAAUACUUAUUCACGGCAAAUAUUGGAGUAUAAUGUAAUUUAGUUAUGAAUCAACAUUGUUGUUUGAAUAAAUGAAUAAGUAUUUAAAGAAAACACCAAUAUUUUAUCUGGUACGGACAUCCAAAUUUUUCACUAAUUCAGACAUAAGCCCACUAGGUUCUGUGUGCGCAGUUUUACAUAGAAAAAUAUUUAAAGUACUCAAAUGCCAGGGAUACUCUAUGGAGUGUUUGUGAAUUGAAAAAUCCACACCAAAACAUCGAGAAAACGAUGGGGAGAACAAAGUCAGACAGACCACACAACAUGAUAAUCUGGAUGUAAAUGUAGGCAAUGUACUGCAAGUUAAUUAUUCCCUCAGUUCAAGUAUCUGUAAAUAUUCCUAAAGUGUAAAUGUUGCGGUCCAACAUUUUGCAAUAAAGCUGUAUAAAUUGUCUUUCCCUUCUUCCUAUACCUAUCCGGAUUAGUCCAGCGUUAUUAACAUUCAUGGUGAUCGAAUCGGAUCAUAAUGCCUCAUUUACAUUGGAUGGUCCUAAUGGUCUUAUUAUCAGUACACCUACCGGAAGUACAGCUUAUUCAAUGACAGCUGGUGCUAGUAUGGUACAUCCAUGUGUACCCGCUCUAGUGUUAACACCAAUCAAUUCAUUAGCUUUAAGUUCACGUGCUAUUGUUCUUCCAACAUCUAUAAAAUUAGAAAUCUCUAUUGCCAGUAAAGCUCGUUGUUCAACUGUACACUUUUCUUUUGAUGGACGUUCGCGACACUCAAAUUUAUUGCAUAAGGGUGACGUUAUCCUAGUGAGUGCUUCACCGUUCCCUGUUCCAUGCCUUUGCAGUGAAAAUGAGGUUACAGAUUGGUUUUGUGGAUUAGCACAUUGUCUUAAUUGGAAUCUACGUCGACGUCAAAAUGCAGUGAUCAAUUGUUGUCCCACAGACAAAUAAUUUUAAAGAUUCCAUGUUCCGUUCUUACGUAUUAAUUCCUCCUGUAUUUUAUCCUGCAUUUCCUCAGACAUUUUGGUUUCUCCUGUCUUCGGUUUGGUAUUUGGGAGUUUUUGCUCCGGGAAGCUACAAAAUUGAAGGUUUGUUUUGUAAUUAUUAUAAUUAUUGCUGUUAGAACGACAUUUGGGUCGACUAUCUGUAAAUUGCGAAUAAAAUUUGGUACCUAAAUUGGAGUUUGGUUCAAUUGCUCAUUUGGGUUCGUAAAUUGCAAAUAGAUCGGCAUACCGUACCUCAGUAGCGGGAACGGGCAAAAACUUGGACGUAACAACGAGGAUGCAUCAGUCAUAUCUUCACCCUCUGUCAAAUGUUAGAAUACCGUCAUACUUAUCAAAGGCCAACAACCGUAGUGUCUCUUGACAUCAG